AUUGUGCAGAAGGGAGGGGCAAGUGAGUGAGUGAGUAAGCGGUCGAGGGAAAGCGGGGGGGAGAGAGGACUGCCGCUUCACCGCUACCACGCCUCACUAUAGCAACUUGCUCAGCCAUAUUGACAGUCCGCGUGAGUGUGUGACGACGCUUCCCCGUGUGAGCCAUCUCCGUGUCCGGCUCACCGUCGCCGAAGCAGCGGGCUAUUUUUACCCGCACUGUGGAUAUAUAUAAAGCGGCAGCGCCCGGGUCAGGAGGAGGUGCGGAGCUUGGACCGGUAGCGGCGGGGGUGACACUCCUUACCGGAGAUCGUUUACCUUGACGUAGCGCGGCCGAGCUGAAUUCGCGGACAUUUCGGAGGUAAGCGGAGAGCGGCGAUGUGCCACUUUUGUCGGCGAGGUGAGGACUGUUUUUAGCAACUUUUUUGGGGUCUCGAUACUACCUGGCUGCAAGCUGACAGUCGGAGUGCCCGACCUGUACUGGCGCGGGGGAGCAGUACUCCCCCGCGGGCAGCCUUUGCCUCGACACAGCGCGAUCGUACAGCAGGAAGACGGGACGACUUGGUUCUCUUUUCUCAGCAGCAGAGGACGGGCAGAGAGAGGAUGAAGAUGCCCAAGCCGACGAACGUCCGCGUUACCACCAUGGAUGCUGAGCUGGAGUUUGCCAUCCAGCCCAACACCACCGGCAAGCAGCUCUUUGACCAAGUGGUGAAGACUGUGGGCCUGAGGGAGGUCUGGUUCUUCGGACUGCAGUACAUCGACAGCAAAGGCUACGUCACGUGGCUGAAGCUCAACAAGAAGGUGACACAGCAGGAUGUGAAGAAGGAGAACCCGCUGCAGUUCAAGUUCAGGGCCAAGUUUUUUCCAGAGGACGUCUCGGAGGAGCUCAUCCAGGAGAUCACACAGAGGCUCUUCUUCCUUCAGGUGAAGGAAGCCAUCUUGAAUGACGAGAACUACUGCCCCCCCGAGACCGCCGUGCUCUUGGCCUCCUACGCCGUCCAAGCCAAGUUCGGCGACCACAACAAGGACGUGCACAAGUCCGGCUACCUGGCUGCAGAUCGCCUGCUGCCGCAAAGGGUUCUGGAGCAACACAAGCUGACAAAGGAGCAGUGGGAGGACAGGAUACAGACCUGGCACGAGGAACACACGAGCAUGCUCAGGGAGGACGCCAUGAUGGAGUACCUGAAGAUCGCUCAGGAUCUGGAGAUGUACGGCGUCAACUACUUUGAGAUCAAGAACAAGAAGGGCACCGAGUUGUGGCUGGGCGUCGACGCCCUCGGACUCAACAUCUAUGAGCACGAAGACAAGUUGUCGCCCAAGAUCGGCUUCCCAUGGAGCGAGAUCCGGAACAUCUCCUUCAACGACAAGAAGUUUGUCAUCAAGCCCAUCGACAAGAAAGCACCGGAUUUUGUCUUCUACGCGCCGCGCCUGCGCAUCAACAAGCGCAUCUUGGCGCUGUGUAUGGGCAACCAUGAGCUGUACAUGCGGCGCAGGAAGCCCGACACCAUCGAGGUGCAGCAGAUGAAAGCUCAGGCCCGCGAGGAAAAACAUCACAAGCAAAUGGAGAGAGCGCAGCUGGAGAACGAGAAGAAGAAGCGCGAGCACGCCGAGAAGGAGAAGCAGCGCAUGGAGCGCGAGAAGGACGAGCUGAUGGAGCGCCUGCGCAACAUCGAGGAGCAGACGCAGCGGGCCCAGAAAGAACUGGAGGAGCAGACCCGCAAGGCCAUGGAGCUGGAACAGGAGCGCAAGAAGGCCAAGGAGGAGGCCCAGCGUCUGGACAAGGAACGCAGAGCCGCCGAGGAGGCCAAAGCCGCCCUCGCCCAGCAGGCCGCCGACCAGAUGAAGACCCAGGAACAGCUGGCUGCCGAAUUAGCCGAGUUCACCGCCAAAAUCUCUUUGCUGGAGGAAGCCAAGAGGAAAAAAGAGGAAGACGCCAACGAAUGGCAGCACAAGGCCAUGGCGGCCCAGGAGGACCUGGAGCGGACGCGGGAGGAGCUGCGGGCGGCCGUGACCUCGCCCCACGUGGCGCCGCACGAGCACGACGAGCACGACGAGAGCGACGGCGAGGCCAGCGCCGAGCUCUUCAGCGACGGCGUCAGCAGCCAGCGCAGCGAGGAGGACAGAAUCACCGAGGCCCACAAGAACCAGCGGGUCAAGCAGCAGCUGCAGGCUCUGAGCUCGGAGCUGGCGGAGGCUCGCGACGACACCAAGAAGACGGCCAACGACGUCCUCCACGCCGAGAACGUGCGAGCGGGCCGCGACAAGUACAAGACGCUGCGGCAGAUCCGCCAGGGCAACACCAAGCAGCGGGUCGACGAGUUCGAGUCCAUGUGAGGCCGGCCGGCAAGAAAAAGUGGAAGCGGAGACUCUCGCUUGCGCGUCGCCAAAGAUCCGCCAAGCCCCCCCCCAAAAAAAGCAUCUUUUUACCUGCCGACAAAAUGGCCAACUCAUAAGAAUGACUUUAAAGCUUUAAUGUCGCUUACUUUUAUUUCCAACGUUUUGUUUUCUUCUUUUAGCUUUUUUUGUUUUGUUUUGUAGGAUUCUCUUUUUAUUUUGUUUCCCGCUCAUGUGGUUCAUUAGUAAACAAAUGCAAAGAAAAAUUGCCCGUCUUGCGCCAUUUCUCUUCUCGUCUUUAAAACUGCUAGUCUGCUAUUGGGUCAUCCGCUGACCACCAAACACACACAAGCCCAACGUCUUGGGCCUUUUCCACUCCACUUUCUCCACUUUGUUGCAGUGUUCCUGUUCCCUGGAGGUCUUGAGUCUCCUUUUGGAUCAAAUGUAACUUACGUGGCUCAUCAUCUGUCCCCAGUCGGCAAACGCAAACCAAAUGGAUUCGUCCUCACCUUGUUUGAUUUCACUCCCGUUUCCUUGGUGCCCUUAGUCUCCUUUUGGAUAAAAUGUGACCUUUCUGUGGUUCAUCAGCUGACCAGGAUAGCCAAGCAAAGGGAAGAUGGUCCUUUGGCUCUUUUUUCAUCACAUUUUUUUUGCUUGACCGUCUCCACUCGGCUCCGGCCCUUAGUCUCAUAUUAGAUAAAAACGCAUUCAUGUAGCUCUUCGUGUGACGAAUAACAUGGAAACUUAUUGCACUCAUUUUCUUUACAGUCCUGAUUCUCCAAUUGAACACAAUAGUCAUUCAUUUCGCAGUCACACCUGGUCUGGUUCCGAGGAGCAACUUGUGUAGUCCCCCUCUGGAUAUCUAUCCAUCCAUCCAUUUUCUACCGCUUCUCUGGGUCGGGUCAGGGGGGAGGAGCUUCAGCAGGGGUACCCAGACUUCCCUUUCCCCAGCCACUUCUUCCAGUUCUUCCGGAAGGAUCCCGAGGCGAGAGACAUAGUCUCUACAGCGUGUCCUGGGUCGCCCCCGGGGUCUCUUUCCAGUGGGACAUGCCAUUUCGCUAGCGCUAGUUUCGUUAGCUGGGGAUCGGAUCGCCAAGGUCACCGCCCGGCUCACAUUACACCCGAUCCCUGGGGCCCCUCUCACAGGUGGUGAGCCCAUGGGAAGGGGGACCCAUGUUACCCUUUCGGGCCCCACGGGUGCAGGCCCGGCCACCAGGGGCUUGCCUUCGAGCCCCACCUCCAGUCUCCAUAGGGGGGCCCCGGUGACCCGCGUCCGAGCAAGGGAAAUCAAGAUCCAAUUUUUGUAUUCGUCAUUGGGGUUUUGGAGUCGUACUUUGUCUAAUCCCUCACCUAGGACCAUUUUUUUUCCAUGGGUGACCCUACCAGGGGCAUGAAGCCCCAGAUAACUUUGCUCCUAGGAUCAUCGGGACACACAUACCCCUCCACCACGAUAAAGUGAUGGCUCAAGGAGGGGGUCUACAAAUAUAGCAUAGAUUUAUUUCAAGCUGUGAUUUGUCAUCAUUUCAUAGCAUGUGUAGAUCUAGUCUACUUGGUUUCCAGUCAUAUGCAGUCCUUUAUCUGAUAAUUUUUUUUAUUUUUUUGCCCAAUCAGAUUUCAGUUUGCGUCGCAAUGUAAAUGUAAUCUGCCCCAAGGCCUUGAAAAUCCUCAAUGCAGUUUCAUCCAUCUCAAGCACACACCGUUGAAAAGGUCUAACCAAUCAGAUUUUAGAAUCACCAUUUUACGCUGAGUCACCUCUGUUAUUCUCAUCCUCUGAUUGGUUCAGCAAAAUAGUCCUCUGAUUGGUUGAGCUUAAUGUGUGCAUGAGAAUUGAUUUUCUGAAGAGGAUGAUUUUGGACAUGGUUUAAUAUAAAAAAACAUUUUAAAGGCCCUUGAAAAAAACAAAACAAAAAAUUGACUUUGUGGUGCUAGUUUAACCAACAUAUUACCGUCUGGCCUGGAAUAUGACUUUGGGGCCCUUUCAGAGCAAAAUGUAUUAGCGAGCUUCAACAAACCAACAGAAGAAAAGAAAGGCGGGCUGCUAUGUCUAUGUUUUCUACAUUUUUCUCAUGUUAUUAGAUAAAUAUUGUGAACUCCCAUAUUUUAAUUUACACCCUUGAAUGGGGAAAGAUGGUUUUGGAAAUGCUAAAUUGGAAAAUAAAGGUAAGUACUUCUCACGUUAGUAAUAAUGGCUUCACCCUCAAAUACAGUACGGGGAAUGCUUCUGCCUCUUAUGCCACACGUAGCUAUAGAUAUACUGUAUCGCCUUUUUGUACAUUUGAAUUAUUCCAAUGUGAUGGUGUUGUUAAGAGGUGGAUGAGGUUUUCCCACAUCCCAAAUUCCCCGUUUGUCACUGUUAGCUUCCUCUUUCUUCUGUUUUGAGGAGGUGGAGAGAGUGCGGUAAGUUGAGCCACUUUAGAUUUUAGUAUCGUCACAGGAGUGUAGGGUUUUUUUUGGGGGGGGCGGGGCAACUUAUAUAUGAAUGUAUAUUUGAGAAUGUUGCGCCCCCCUAGAAUCAGAUUGAGUGUGAAUAUAACAAUUGUGGUGACACAGCCUGUUAUGUUGAAAGCCUUCCCUCCUCCCCUUUACCUCCUAGAACAGUGGUCCCUACCCACCAGGGCCCGGGCCAGUACCGGUCCGUAGACCGUUUUGUAGCGGGCCGCAAGGAAUGAAUAAAUAAUAAACGAUGAAAUAUUUU